AUGUCUUCUUCCAAUGACCCUGAGUACUGUUAUCCGGCUAUAAACAAUUCCUGCAUAAAAAGCUCAAGGUUGCCAGUGGUUCAUAUUGCUCUGUACGUGUUUGUCAUUGUCUUCAUUAUUAUAACAAUGUGUGGAAAUUUACUAGUAAUCAUAUCCAUAACUCAUUUCAAGCAACUCCACCAUCCUACAAAUAUUUUAAUUUGCUCUUUGGCAGUCAUUGAUUUUCUUGUAGGCUUCAUUAUUAUGCCAUACAGCAUGGUAAGAACUAUUGAGUCCUGCUGGUAUUAUGGGGAUAGAGUGUGCAAAAUUCACGUCACUUUCGAUUUGACAUUCUGCUUGUCUUCUGUAUUUCAUCUUUGUUUUAUUGCAGCUGACCGUUACUAUGCUGUGUGUGACCCUCUGCAUUACUAUACAAAAAUAACUUUCUCCACAGUGAUAGUAUUUAUAGCAAUAAGUUGGACAGUGCCAUUCAUGUUUGCAUUUGGAAUUGUUAUAUCAGAAGUAACUUUUGAUGGAAUCAGGGAUUAUGCUGCGUCGAUCACCUGUAUUGGUAUGUGCCUGUUUUUGGUUAAUAAACUGUGGUCUGUAUUAAUUUCCAUUAUAGCUGUCAUUCUUCCUACUACUGUGAUGAUUAGCAUUUACAGUAACAUUUUUGUUGUGGCAAGGAAGCAUACCCAAGUGAUUUGCAGCAGAAAUGAAUACACAGGGAAGAACAAAUCACAUGUCUCCAGCAAGAGUCAAACAAAAGCUGCUAAGACAUUGGGUAUAGUAAUGGGUGUAUUUAUAAUUUGCUGGCUCCCUUUUAUUUUUGCAGCAAUGUUAGAUUCUUUUCUAAAUCAUUCUUUCCCAGCAGUUUUAUAUGAUGUCUUUACAUGGUUUGCAUAUUGUAAUUCUGGUUUUAAUCCAAUAAUUUAUAGUUUCUUUUAUCCUUGGUUUAGGAAGGCAGUGUAUACCAUCCUAACAGGCAAAAUAUUCAGCCCUGACUCUUCUAGAAUAAGCUUAUUUUUAGAAAAUCAUUAA